AUGGCGAUUGAAAGAACACAAAGUCUACGAAAGACCCUCCUCAUUGGAAACGCAGGCCUACGCAUCCCGAUUUUAGGAUUUGGAGUUUACAAAAUCCCCCCAGACGCGUGCAAGGCUGCAUGUCUCAGCGCUUUGCGGCAUGGCUACCGCCACAUCGACUGUGCACAGCUUUACAGAUCCGAGGCCGAAGUCGGUGCUGCCGUUGCAGAAUCACCUGUUCCCCGGGAAGAAGUGUUCUUGGCAACCAAGAUCAAGCAGUGGCGCGGGGGCGCCGAUGAGCUUCGCCAUAGUCUUCUCAGCAGCAUUGAGGCUUUGGGAGGAGGCCGGGAUGGAUAUGUCGACCUCUUUCUGAUCCAUACCCCAAGGUUCCGCAACGGAUCUGUAAAAGACGUGUGGCUUGCUCUGGAGAAGUUCCAUGCUGAAGGUAGAGUCAAGGCCAUCGGAGUCAGCAACUUUGGUAUCAACCACCUCGAGGAGCUGAAGGAGUAUGCAAGCAUAUGGCCUCCACACGUCAACCAAAUUGAGCUACACCCUUGGUGCCAGCAACGAGAGUUGGUCAAAUACUGCCGAGAUAACAACAUUAUACUUCAAGCAUACAGCCCUCUGGCAACUGGGGCAAGACUUAGCGACCCAAAGCUGAAACUAAUUGCGACCAAGAACGGGAAAUCACCUACACAAGUUCUUAUUCGAUAUAGCCUACAAAAAGGCUGGAUACCACUCCCGAAAAGUGAGAACCCAGAGAGAAUUCGAGAGAACGCUCAGGUGUUUGAUUUCGGGCUUGAUGAUACAGACAUGUCCGUUCUAGAUGGGUUCGAUGAAGGAAAGCUUGGAGCACGAUUUCCUGCUAAUGUGACGUAG